AUGUCGUCAAUGUACGGAUACGACGCCAAAUCAACCGACGACCCGUGCAUAUUAGCUGCAGAUAAGACCUUCACUCUCGGAAUGGAGUUGUUGUCGCCUGGGGGAAGUUUGAUUAACUUAAUUCCCCUUCUUCGUUUUGUCCCGCCAUGGUUCCCAGGAGCGAUUUCUCAACAAAAGGCCCAAGAGGCUAGAAUGCUCACAAAGAAAGUAGUUUCAAUACCACUUGAGUUUACAAAGGCACAAGUGGCAGAAGGAAAUGCUAGACCAUCCGUCGUUGGAGACUUCCUUAAGAAGAAAAACACUGUUGGCGCUUCGAAGGAGGAAGAAGAGGCAACAUUGAUUGUUGCCUCGACAGCUUAUGCGGCUGCAUCGGACACUACGCAAUCUGCUACUGGAACGUUCAUAUAUCUCAUGGUAUGUAACCCAGAUAUCCAGAGGAAGGCACAGGCAGAGAUCGACAGUGUAUUGGGAGGCAAACGGCUUCCAACAUAUGAAGACCGCCCAUGUAUGCCGUAUAAUGAGGCAAUAUACCGUGAAGUCCUUCGAUGGAGACCACCUGGUUCAGUGGGAGUUCCGCAUUGCUCAAUUGAAGAUGACUUCUAUGAUGGAUAUUUUAUUCCAAAAGGAUCAACACUGCUAGGGAAUAUAUGGGCAAUGACACACGAUGAAACAAGAUACGAAAAUCCAAUGAGCUUUAAUCCCGAACGAUUCUUUAACCCUGAUGGGACGCUCAAUGACGAUGAUAGAAUCAUGGCCUUUGGUUUUGGAAGACGAGUUUGUAUUGGGAAGCACGUUGCCAGUGCCACAGUAAUUCCUGCCGUCUUCAAUCUAGAAAAAGCACGAGACAAAUCUGGAAAUACAAUUGAGGUCAACGAUGAAUACUGCGAAUUUGGGCUUAUUAGUCGGAAGAAACCUUUCGUAUGCUCAAUUGUACCUCGCUCAGAUAUUUCCAGGGAGCUGGUGGAGAAACUAGAUACGUAG